AUGCCGACCGAUACAUCACCGAAAAAGUCGGAUGGCAAUGAUCAAGCUGGUCUCAAAGCGUCCAUAGUCAAAGCGAUAUUCAAAGAUUUGAGUCCGCCAAGGACGCGAGUCGUCGGCAAUGCCGUCGACUUGCUCACUGCCACCGGUAGGAUUUCAUCGCCCAGUAAAAAGUUGGGUGAUCUCUCUCUGAGCGAAGGUGAUCUGACUCUGACGGAAGACUUCAAGACACCAGUCAGCCUUUCUGUGUCCCAAAGCCAAAGCCACUUUUUUGCCAACGAUGACUUCGAAAGCAAUCCGGUGAUUGAGUCAACAGCAAAAGCUUAUAAUAACUGCCUCAUUGGUUUCGAGUGUUGGGCACUUAAGAGUGUAAGAGAAGGAGAUGACGACUACGACGACGAUGGAGCUCGCGAGCGCUCCACAGAGGCUAGCUAA